AUGCACGCCUAUCGUUACAUCCGGUGUUGGGCUUGUGUAUGCGUCAUGGGCAAACAUUUGCACGGGCGGACAACGGGGCCGAUCAAAUUAGCAGCGGCUUCAGAUACAUUUCCCAUCGACUUAAUAGCCGCCAUGCAAGAGUCAGUGGACAAGAUCAAAAGGGGCGCUGCUCACAAAGCGGCACGCCACCACACCAAUUACGUCAUAACUCAUCUUCUCCCGUCGCCCCUCGGUCCUGGCCCGACUGGCCCGGCCAUCCGGAGUGUUGGGUGGGGCUUGUGUGCGUGUGAAACGUGCAUGUGGGCCGAAUGCGCCCUCGCAAAAAGCCAGUCAGACUGUUCACAUUCUCUUUUGUCGCACAACGCCCGGACGCCGUAG